AGCAGCGCCGCGCUUCACUCGACAGCCUCCCACAGCCCCGCAGAGAGGAGCAGCUCCACUCCGGCUCCAUCUCGCCGCCACCUCCUGCCCUUUUUUUUUUUCAAUUUCUUUUUUUUUGCCCUCCUCUCCUUCGCUAAAGCAAGCAAAAGAGGAAGAGAAGGAUAAUUGCAUUUCUGGCGGCUACCCCGUGGGAUCAUGGGAUAUAUGACCUCAUCAUUCACCUGCGAGCCUCUUCAUUGAGCAUAGACGUACAAUGGACACAGCAGUGGAGGCGGACCCCGCCCGCAACAUCGGUAGCCGCCCCGCGUCCCCCCUCCCUUGCGACAGCGUGCCCACCCAGGAGAUUGACAAGGACAGCAAGCAGAGCCUUUGUCACCAGACGGCAGUGCAGAAAAAAGUCAAGCCCAAAGGCAAGCUGGUGCGCAGCAUGGCUGUGUGUGACGACAAGGAAGAACACCUUCAGCAGGCGCCGACGUCCGAGAGCGUUUCCUGUCCGGAGGAGGAAGUGGAGAAGAGCUGCUCACCUGACAAAGAGAGCAGCGUGGAGUACCGCGACUCGACGGGCGUGGACCUUCAACGUUUCAUCGUUGACACGCUCAACAGCAACCCCAGAGACCGCAUGAUGAUGCUCAAGCUAGAGCAGGACAUGGUCACCUUCAUCAUGGGAGACAGCACGUUCAAGAAGUUCCCGCACAUGUCUUCGUACCAUCGCAUGCUGGUGCACCGCGUGGCCGCCUUCUUCGGCAUGGAGCACAACGUGGACCAGACGGGAAAGUCGGUCAUCAUCAACCGCACCAGCAGCACACGCAUACCGGAGCAACGUUUUCUGGACCAGGUUCAGGAGGACAAAGCCACAGAGAUCCCACACUGGAAAACUAUUUUGAAACGUGACAGCAGCUCAGACGAGCAGACGCGCCGCUACACUUUACGUGACAAGCAAAGUAAGUCAAUGGAGGAGCGAGAGGAAGAGUACCAAAAAGUGCGAGAGAGAAUCUUCAGCCAGGAGCCUCUUUGCACACGGGAGGGCGGCCACGUUGAGAGCAGGCCCUCCGAGGAAUGCAACGCAUACGCCGAGACCCAGAGGAGAAGGCAGCUCUUCAGGGGCAGUCGCGACAGCUCGGGCUCCAGCUGGACGGGCAGCAGCCGGCAAAGCAGCACAGAGACCGACUGUCGCUACGGCAACGAGCCCCAGCCGUGGAGCAGCACCGACUCGGAUUCAUCCUCGUACCAGUGGACUGCCGCCGCCGCCCCCAAGCCUCGCCCCCCGCAGGCCGCCAACUCCGGCUGGGAGCCUCACGGCACAGCAGGUUCCGUUUCUCUCUACAGAGUGUCCUCCGAGCCCCCCACUAUGGCCGAGCCUCCCGCCCACCCCGCCUUCAUCUUGGAGAACGGCAUCCCACCGGGAAGCAUCCUGGUCAAUCCGCACACUGGACAGCCUUUCCUGAACCCUGAUGGAAGCCCUGUGGUGUACAACCCGCCUGGUGCUCAACAGCCAAUCAGAAGCCAGAUGCAGGGAGCGCCGGCACAGCAGCCACCACAGCAGGUGUACUCGUCCGUCUCAUACUCAGCCCCGCAGAUGUUGCCUGUGGCCCCUUCGCAGCAAUACCCCGCCGUACGUAUGGAGGCCCCAUUUCCUGUUAGGGCCCCAACUUCCUGUUCACGUUUGCAUCGUUCCUCGCAGGUGGAAGACCUGUCGCAGCAGUUUGCCCACGUGGCUGUCAGCUGUCAACCGGCGAGCGAGCCCGCACCCCUUUACCCUCCCGCCCAAGGCUUUGUGUUCGCGGCACCGCCUCCGCCGCCGCCCCCGCCCGCUCCUCAAGCUCCCAACGCCCACAGCUACUGCCAGCCCUCACCGCAGGGUCCCGCCUUCUACUACAGCCAGUAUCCUACCUCAGCUCAACACCCGGUCAAAGCCGCGUCACCUGGUUGCAGCGCAGGUUAUGGCCCCGUGGUGGGUGUCCCGCAGCAGCAGUCGUACACAGCCUUGCCACCGCACCACUGUAGCAUUCUUCAGGGCGGUGUCUCUGUGUAUCAACCCGGUAAACUCGGCGAGGCGGGAUACUGCUGUAUGGUGGCACCGGCGCACCCCCACUGUGGUCCCGCCUGGACCACACAACACUGAUGACACACACAAAUAUAAUCAUCCCAUCGCAUGUUCCAACAAAGCACCUCACCUUAACGCACUGUACCAAAGCUUAAGUACAUCUAGACAUUUAUAUAUAUAUAUAUGUAGAAUUGAACACAAAGCUGCUGUAUUGACUGCAUAAUUUAUACUAUACACAAAAUGAGUUUUAUAUUGAUAUGAAAUUAUAUAUAUGUGAUUGAUGCCAAAAAAUGCUCUGUGUAUUCAAUAAACGCACAUGGCAAAG